UCUGGAAUAUGCCAAAUUGUGUCGGAGCUGUCGAUGGGAAACAUAUUGCCAUCACAUGCCCCAACAAUUCAGGGUCAUUAUACUACAACUAUAGAAAAUUUUUAGCAUAGUACUUAUGGCUACCUGUGAUGCAAAAUAUACUUUUACUUCUGCUUAUAUUGGAAGUUACGGUGGACAAAGCGAUGGAGGUAACAUAGAUUUUACAACUUUUGACAUUUACUGACUUUAUUUAAAUUUAAAGGUGUUUUCCAACAAGCCGCUUUUGGACGCUCACUCCUUCAAAACCGUUUGCCUUUACCUCCAAAAACUCCUUUGUGGAAUGGCUCCAGGCUGGAUUUCCCUCAUUUUUUUGUUGGCGAUGCAGCAUUCCCUUUAAAGGAAAAUUUAAUGCGGCCGUAUCCAGGGACUCAACUACUGCAAAGCAAAACCAUUUUUAAUUAUCGACUAUCGCGAGCCCGUCGAGUUAUUGAAAAUAGCUUUGGAAUUUUGACUGCUCGCUGUCGUAUUUUGCGUAAAACAAUUGAAUGUUCCCCGGAUAAUAGUGAGAAAAUUGUUUUAGGAUGCCUCGUCCUCCACAACUUCAUCAUGCUAAAUGACCAUCAACGUUGGUAUUGUCCUGAUGACUUUGUUGAUACGGACAACGCGGACGAAUCCUCAGAAAAUGGACGAUGGCGUCUUGAUCACGAGAACUCAGGAGGUCCAUUACCAUCGAUUACAUCAUCUCGGCGAAACGACUACGACUGCAUUCCGUCUCAGAGAUGUCUUAGCAGAUUAUUUACAAAAUCAAGGGGCAGUUCCAUUUCAAAUGAACAGAUAAAUUUCUAAGCUAAAGCUGAAGCGUCGGGCAAAGCUAUGUUUUCGCAAGAUAUGGAAAGUUUUUUAUUCAAAUUUAUUUUCGAUAAUUUUUUAUAAAAAUAUA